AUGAAAGAUGCUCUGCUUCAAGGGUUCGAGCCACAGUCGGAUGGUAGGAGCAUUGCACAAACAACGAGCUACUGGACCGUCCCCGAGCAGAAUGAGUUUCCCGCACUACUAAAGUAUUUUGGCACGGAUUGGUAUGGAAUUGCGAAGCACAUGCCGACGAAAACCCACAUUAUGAUAAAAAACUACUAUCAGCGGCUUGUGGAUUCGGGCAAGGGAGAAUGGGAAGAUUUAGCCAAAGAGGCGAACGACAGAAGGGAGACUGGCUUUCAUCAUGGGAAGGAGAAGGCUAUGGGACUUUAUACAGCUUGGGAUCAAUACCCACCUACCAAGAAAAGUCUUAUUGUCAAGCUCAAAUACAAGAAGCGGGGAGCAGAUAUAGAGCGAAUUCUUAGAGUUCGUGCCAAGCCAAGUCUUGAGUUCGUACGGCUUGAGAAAGCUCGCAUCGCUGUUCAACAGAAAGAGUUGAGAUCAGAACAAGAUGAAGAGCCUGUCCUACCACAGGGCAAUUGUCACUAUAUUUUACUGCAUCCCGAAGUGAAAGGCCUAAGGUGUGCCUGUGUUAGGUAUUCAUUGAAUCGCUUAAUACCAGGAAGCACUUGUGAUUGUGGUCAUCAAGCCUACUAUCACGAACCCGUCCAAGCCGAUAUUCCCAAGCACUUCAACCUCAACGUCGUCGCGCCAGAGCUUGACAUGGAAAGAAGACAAGAUCCUAUGCUCGUUGGGGAUUUCAUGGAAAUCAAUGCUGGUAUCGCAUUCGACAAGAAUAUGCUUAGCCGGUUGGACCGGAAAGGUAUUACUGACAAAGAGGCAGCCCGCCCUCCUGGCUGGGCCUAUCACUCGCCAGCGCUUUCCCGAGAAGCCCAGGCUCUUGAGCAACUCCCAAGAAACGGCCCGGGCCUAAACUUUCCUUCGCCAUGCUUCUUGUGUGUUAUAGGUCCCACGCAAGAAGUAGUCUUCGAUAGUAUUGAUGAUUACAACGUUCACCUUUGGCAAAAGCACAUGGACUUAACUAAGUGGCAAGAGACGAAAUGUAUUUGGGAAGGAUGUUCGAGUUUAGGUACUUUCGCUACGGCUAAACUCUGGUUCGCUCAUGUUCGAAGCGUACAUCAAAAGAAUUUCUGGUGUACAAGUGUUGAUUGCGAGUAUCGGAAAAGCGGUCCUAAUCCCAAGCCCUUUGGUAGUCAGAAUACUCUCAAUCGCCACAGCCAGACGCAUGCUGAUCCCGUGUAUUGCAUGGAGCCUGGUUGCACCGGCCGCGACAAUAUCGCGCGCAGUGACAAAAAGAAGAAGCACAAUAUCGAGUAUCAUGGAGAAAUUCUUUGUGGAGUUUAUGGCUGUCCAAGGAGUCGACACAUCAAAGAAGUCUAUUUUGGAUUCUCUACCAAUGCGGAUCUGGUUGCUCACCAGCGCUCGAAGCACGCCGAUAUGAAUUUGGCCUAUGGGAUGAAUACAGCGUAUAUUGGACAGGACAGUGACGGUGACAAUCACUUCCAUGGCAGUCCUCCAUUCCAAUUCCCCGCCCCGUUUUCACAGCAGAUGCCUUCUGACAUUGACCAGCGUCCUACUUUUAUCUCUGGUCAAAAUUCCCAUGGCUUUGAGAAUUUCACGGAUUCAGGAAUCGGUUCUACUCUAGCAUUGACUGUGAAGGCCCUCUCUGAUAAACAGGUCAGCUAUCUAGCUGCACUCCAGGAGUCUUCGAAAGAAGAUUCAGAAGCAAAGCCCCUGAAGGCACCGGCAGCAGAGGAUCACUCGGAUACUCAGACAUUGUUGUCAGACACGUCGAGCCUUCGAGAUCCAAAGUUGGGAGAGUAUGUUACCGAAUUGGCAGACGCAAUCUGUAGAGCCUUCCCUCCAAGCUUUAACGAGACGGAUCUUGCAAGAAUAUCUGCGGGGCUUCCUGUUCUUCUCAAGGAAUUCGCCGUUAGACUUGGUGAUGAUGGAUCAUCACACGUGUAUGGCCAACUUAAACAUCUCGUGUAUAGAUAUCACAGAUCAAUUAUCUCCCACUUUCAACAUGAAUAUGGAGAGAAAGAUGAUGGAGACCUGCCUCUUCGUGCCGAUGAAAUGACUCUGAAUGACAAGAUGACUCUAUGGCAGAACAACGAUGACAAAGAACCAGAAGUGAUCGCCUUUGAUAAUGGGUCUGAUGAAGGUGAGGACGACCACGACCAAGACUUUGAACCGGAUUCGUUGGAUCUAUCAGAAUUUCGGCGUGCUUUAACGGACGGCCCGGCAUAUACUUGGUUACGGUGCCAUCUGCAAAUUCAGAGUGAUCUCGAAAUCCCUGGUCCACUGCAAACAAAGAAUGAGAUCAGGAAUCAGAUUGUCAAGAAGAUUGGAAGGCCACAUAAGAUCAGCAGAAGGGCUCGGAGUCCUGUGCACACGAUUAUGUUUGACCUGGAAUGGAACCCCAUCGCCUUCUAUCAGGAACAGCAGUACAAAGAAACUUUGAGCGAGGUUCUUUCACACGCUGUCACACUCACAGGUAGUGGGAAUAAUGUACAAGCUACUACAUGUCUCCAGUACCUAAGCCAGACAUGGCCUGAGACUGGAGUACACUUCCUUCAGCUGCUCCAACGUUGUAUUGGGACUAGGACAGUUCAUUCAGGUACAUUUCCGGACAAUACGCACCUUACUGUUUAUGAUUACCCCACGCAAAUUCGCGUUUCCGCCACAGGAAAUGCAUUUUCUGUAGCGGAAGUCGGGGAGCAGCUUGCGUGGCUCGGAGCUGCUCUCCGUUCAUCACCCAACGACCAGGAAGUGGCUUAUUGCAAACCCUUCAUCUCCGAAAUUACCUCCAGCUCCUGCAAAUUUGACUUCGAAAUCCAAACAAAAGGAGAACGGGACGAUACAAGUUCUGGCGAUUGCUGGCAAAACUUGUUUAGGAACCCAAUGGUCGUCAUAGGAUACCCGAUUCCACGACGUCCAGUGGCAGAUCGCGGCCUCGAAGUCUCACUCGAUAUCAUGGUGACAUUGGCGAAUACUCGGAGAUUGAUUGAUUUCUGUGGAAGAACAUUUGUCAAAGGCUUUUCGGCAAUGCUGACUGUUAUGGAGGUAAUAGAAGAUACCGUCUUUUGGCAUUUGUUCUACAAUGAGGAUCGAAGUUAUAUUUCUUAUUCGGAUCCCCGCAUUCUCAGAAACCCGAGCUCCCCACAGUCACUCGCGAUCAAGAAUCCAGACUCAAAGCGCCAUAUCCUAGGAUGGUGCGAGAGCAUCAGAAACUACGCUGGUAAUCGCAUUUCCUCAAUGUUCCCCACCAUCCAUCAACAGACUCUCACUGACUACCAUAUCACAGGCGCACACGACGCAAAUUACGACAUCGGUUGGUCAGGUCUCUCCAGUCCAAACCAGACUUGUGCAUUUGAAAAGGUGUCUGUUUCAACCGGUAAAAUUGUUAGCGUGGGUGUGAGUUGCGCCAUAGGCAUCAAGGACAAGUCCAUUCGAGUCGAUUUUGGAGACGACUAUGUCAGCAUGCUUUCGAUGAUCUCCAAAAGGCACUUUGUAUUUCACGACUUGGACGAAGAAGAUAGAAGGGCAUGGCUAGUAGACGGUGCGAGUGCUCUGUUACACCUCCUCCGUGCAUCACUUAAACACUAUCAAAACGACCGCCAUCUUCAACGGAUUUUCUGCUUCGACUUCAGCGAGCUCGAGGAGGCACGUACAACGCACACUGGUGCAGAUGCCGCCUUUGAGGUGCUGUUGAACGUCGAUAACCAACAGCUAUCAUUAUAUUCCAAGAUGCCUGAAUCGUGGAGAGAAAAGACUAUUGGGGAGAGAGGCAAGCAAGAAGAGGUGUUGAAAGAGAAGACUGUGGAUUUCUGCUUGAAAGAUCGGGUAGAUCAGAUUUGCAAUAUACUGGGACAGAUUAUGGCUCAUCAGGACGAUGUCUCCUCUCAGAGCGGAGUAGGAUUUCGAUUAAAAACAACCCCCCAACGUCAACUUGAAGGCUUUGAUUUCAUGGACGUGGCUACUGGACAAGGUACACUGUGGCCUAAGGUCGCUACACUUCGCGCUAGUGGAGCUGGCUGGGUCGACUUUACCAGGAAGAUACAUGCAAUCUCUCUCUUCGGCACUGGUUUCGGAGACCUGCUUGCACCUGCAAACAACCGAGCUGGAUGUGGCUCUUGCUUGUGGAAUGAAGGGGUUCCCAAGGGAAAAGAUUAUCUCGCGGUUCCUGUUGCAGAGCUGAAGGAUAUCAUUCGAACGAAGGGCAAUAUGAGGCGCAAUCCGUGGCGGGUAGUCGACGAUAUCUACUGGCACACGCCAGACAUGACUUUUGAGCGCUGUGGCUGUCUUCAAUCUCGUUCUGCUAAGCACGAUCGGGUUCAAGUAUUUCUACCAGCGACAUUCCCGAAGAUGUGGGGCAGGAAUCUGAAAAGCCCAAGCAAGCUCGCCUCUGAUGGUGCUGUGAUCUUUGGCCAUAGCUGGAAAUUUCCCUUGCGCUGGGGAGUCUCAGGAAAUCCCGAAGAAGGAAAUCCACUGCCUUCAAUUGAGGGAGGCGACCCUGUAUUCUACGAUAGCGGAAUUGGAUCUGCUCAAUCUGCAUCGAGUUCGGAAAGGCCCAGCGACUCUCCAAAUCCUUUGCAGCCAAGCAAUGGAUGUCUUGCUUCAGAUCCACGUCUGUACAAGUUAUCGAAUCAGCAAUUCAUACAUCAAGAUGCAAGCACGAGGACGGGCGUGACCCCUGAAAUCGCUGCACUGCAGUUGCUGAAUUCUAUGGAGGAGCCAGAGGGCAGCCGAAAGGAGUCAAAGGGGCGGGCAAAACGCAGCAUAAGUCCAACAGACGUUCUCAUGACGAGACAACUGCAUGGUCGAGGUUAUGAUCAUGAGAUGGAGCAAAUACCAGGUAUGCUGGCGGUGAAUGAACCGAGGAACAAGAGAAGGAGACAUGAAUUUCAUACUGAAGACUUAAGUGAGCAGAGGGAGUCAAGGAGACGAAAGGGGAAAGAAAGAGCGCCUUAG